CCCACCGGCUUCCCACCACGGCCUCUCUCGGCGAGGAAACUCUGGCCUCCGCUUCCUCCUCCUCCGACUCGGACACCGGCGGAGCCUCCCCGCCCCCGCGGAAGAAACCCCGAGCCUCGGCGGCGGAGGGAGCAGGAGAGCCCGGGGCUUCGGCAGGCAGAGCAGGCCUCUCCCCUCCGUCCUCGUCGUCCUCGUCCUCGUCGUCGUCGUCGUCGUCCUCCUCCUCCUCCUCCGUGGUGGUAGUGGUGGGACUCCCCCCGGCUGCUGCCCCUUCCGCCGCCGCUGCCGUCCCCCACCGAAGUAGCGGCCACAGCCUGGUCAGCGGCAGCAUCAUGCAGGCCAACGGGGCAGGAGGAGGAGGAGGAGGCGGCGGCGGCGGCGGCGGUGGAGGAGGAGGAGGGGGCGGCGGGGGCCAGGGACAGACCCAGGAACUCGCCUGCCUGUCGGCCCAGAACGGGGAGUCGUCCCCCUCGUCCUCGUCGUCCGCGGGGGACCUGGCCCACGCCAAUGGGCUCCUGCCUUCCGCCCCCUCCGCCGCCAGCAACAAUAGCAACAGCCUGAAUGUCAAUAACGGGGUCCCCGGCGGGGCCGCCGCCGCUGCCUCCGCCACCGUCGCCGCUGCCUCCGCCACCACCGCCGCCUCUUCUUCCUUGGCCACCCCCGAACUGGGCAGCAGCCUCAAGAAGAAGAAGCGGCUCUCCCAGUCAGAUGAGGAUGUCAUUAGGCUAAUAGGACAGCACUUGAAUGGCUUAGGGCUCAACCAGACUGUUGAUCUCCUCAUGCAAGAGUCAGGAUGUCGUUUAGAACAUCCUUCUGCUACCAAAUUCCGAAAUCAUGUCAUGGAAGGAGACUGGGAUAAGGCAGAAAAUGACCUGAAUGAACUAAAGCCUUUAGUGCAUUCUCCUCAUGCUAUUGUGGUAAGAGGCGCACUUGAAAUCUCUCAAACGUUGUUGGGAAUAAUUGUGAGGAUGAAGUUUUUGCUGCUGCAGCAGAAGUACCUGGAAUACCUGGAGGAUGGCAAGGUCCUGGAGGCACUUCAAGUUCUACGCUGUGAAUUGACGCCACUGAAAUACAAUACAGAGCGCAUUCAUGUUCUUAGUGGGUAUCUGAUGUGUAGCCAUGCAGAAGACCUACGUGCAAAAGCAGAAUGGGAAGGCAAAGGAACAGCUUCCCGAUCCAAACUGCUGGACAAACUUCAGACCUAUUUACCACCAUCAGUGAUGCUUCCCCCACGGCGUUUACAGACUCUCCUGCGGCAAGCAGUGGAACUACAAAGGGAUCGGUGCCUCUAUCACAAUACCAAACUUGAUAGUAAUCUAGAUUCUGUGUCUCUGCUUAUAGAUCAUGUUUGUAGUAGGAGGCAGUUCCCAUGUUAUACUCAGCAGAUACUUACGGAGCAUUGUAAUGAAGUAUGGUUCUGUAAAUUCUCUAACGAUGGCACUAAAUUAGCAACAGGAUCAAAAGAUACGACAGUUAUCAUAUGGCAAGUUGAUCCGGAUACACACCUGCUAAAACUGCUUAAAACAUUAGAAGGACAUGCUUACGGCGUUUCUUACAUUGCAUGGAGUCCUGACGACAACUAUCUUGUUGCUUGUGGCCCAGAUGACUGCUCUGAGCUUUGGCUUUGGAAUGUACAAACGGGAGAGCUAAGGACAAAAAUGAGCCAAUCUCACGAAGACAGUUUAACAAGUGUGGCUUGGAAUCCAGAUGGGAAACGCUUUGUGACUGGAGGUCAGCGUGGGCAGUUCUAUCAGUGUGAUUUAGAUGGUAAUCUCCUUGACUCUUGGGAAGGAGUGAGAGUGCAAUGUCUUUGGUGCUUGAGUGACGGGAAGACUGUUCUGGCAUCAGAUACACACCAGCGAAUUCGGGGAUAUAACUUCGAGGACCUUACAGAUAGAAACAUAGUACAAGAAGAUCAUCCCAUUAUGUCUUUUACUAUUUCAAAGAAUGGCCGAUUAGCUUUGUUAAAUGUAGCAACUCAGGGAGUUCAUUUAUGGGACUUGCAAGACAGAGUUUUAGUAAGAAAGUAUCAAGGUGUUACACAAGGGUUUUAUACGAUUCAUUCAUGUUUUGGAGGCCAUAAUGAAGACUUCAUCGCUAGUGGCAGUGAAGAUCACAAGGUUUACAUCUGGCACAAACGUAGUGAACUGCCAAUUGCGGAGCUGACAGGGCACACACGUACAGUCAACUGCGUGAGCUGGAACCCACAGAUUCCAUCCAUGAUGGCCAGCGCCUCAGAUGACGGCACUGUUAGGAUAUGGGGACCAGCACCUUUUAUAGACCACCAGAAUAUUGAAGAGGAAUGCAGUAGCAUGGAUAGUUGAUGGCGAAUUUGGAGCAGACGACUUCUGUUUAACUUAAAAUUAGUCGUAUUUUAAUGGCUUGGGAUUUGGUGCAAACAAACAUGAUUGAUAGCUGGACUGACAUGCUCGUCAUGAAAAAAGAACCAUUUCUGAAGCCCGAUUGGGGCCAAACAUUUACACCUUGCUUCAUAGUAACCAGUUGAGAUGAAGCACGUCGUUAGAACGUUGUUGGACACCAUGUUGAAUUAUCCCCCCAUCGGUUGUGAAGAACUGUGCUACAUUCAGGCUUACCCAUUGAACUCAGUAUAUAUAUUUUUUUCCCUCCUGCCUUUUGUCUAGCAGGAUACCAUUCUUGUUGCUCUUCUGUGUAAUGAAGUUUAAAUGCUUGUUUGGAAAACUUUAUUUAACAGUUUAGAAGGCUUGAUAGAAAGAGUGCAUUAGUCUGAAGAGUAUACAUUGGAUAGGAAAGAAUUUCCUUCUUUUGUUUCUCCAAAUCUUUCCGCCUUAUUUAGCUUGAGAUCUUUGCAGCUUGGUUCAUGGAUUCUAGCCUUGCCCGUUGCGCAGUAUAUACUGAUCCAGAUGAUAAACCAGUGAACUAUGUCAAAAGCACUCUCAAUAUUACAUUUGACAAAAAGUUUUGUACUUUUCACAUAGCUUGUUGCCCCGUAAAAGGGUUAACAGCACAAUUUUUUAAAAAUAAAUUAAGAAGUAUUUAUAGGAUUAAAGUGACUUCAUUUGUAUACAUUUGGAAUCUAAACCAGCUAAAAAAGAGUUUCCUCUAUGACUUAGAUACGCAGUAUAACUGAUGCUCUUCUGGAAUACCACAUGAGACAUGGUCAGAAACAGUACUUGGAAGGACAUUAUACAGAAAGUUCAGAGUAGUUGCUUUGAAGAUUUUCCCCCUUUUGUUUUAUUCCCGAAGGAACAUCAGUACCUGAUCUUGAAGAAAUUCAAGAUUCAAAAAAAGAAUUUUAAAUUUGUACCAACAUGAGAGAUCAGUAGUCCGUAUAAGUUUUCAACAAAGCUUGUUCCAAGUUGUUCUCAAUUUGGGGAAUCAUUUUGGUGUCAUCUAGCAAGAGAGUAGAAAUCAGCAGAUAUAACCACUUUGGAAGUUUAUAGUAUAAUUGAGCUUGUUAGAAUUCAGCAGGUUACAAACAUACUUAAACUGGGUUUCAAACCUCAUAAUCAUUUCUCUGCCCUUCAUAUUUUGACAUAGGGAUACAUAAAUUUAAACACUAUUUCUCCUCAGUUUUUCAGAUAUUGCCAUACUGAACCUCAUUCUAAACUGGUGCUGUGGGUAGUGUCCCUCUCCCCUCCCUGUUUAGUUUAAGGAAAGGUUUCCUUCAUGGAAAAGCACUUUUGGGAAUUUCACAUUUAAAAUACGCCAAAAGCCUGAUGUUCACAUUGUGCUUUUAAAAUCCCGUAACAGCUGAGUACAACAUACUUAGUCUCCUUUGAAAUUCCCUCCCCUUUUCAGUAGAGGAUGAAUAUGGUGACCAUAGCUGUUACAUUGAGAAGAGUGGGAAUAUCUCCAAAAUAAGAUUCUGGUGAAGAAAAAGUCUUAACACUGUUUCCUUUUGACCCAGCCAAAUCUUUAUUAUUUACCAUGAGCAGACUUCUUCAGGAUCCACAAAGAAGAGAAGAAAGGCUUGGA